AUGAAAUGCAAAAGCAUUUGUUUCUGCAUCAGAGGGCACAGCAAGAAGAGUAAGGAAAAUGAGGUGGAAGAAUUAGAGAAAGUGUCUCAUGUAAAGGCUUCUAACAGGGGAAGAACCAAAGGGGUUGCUUCAACAAUUCCUGCUGGUGAUGGUGCUGGCAACAAUGUUGAUGGAACCAACACAAUUGCUAGCACUGAUGCAGGAGUGGCUGUUGCAGUGGUGACUUCAGCCCAUGUGUCUUUGAUGAGUGUCACUGAAGGUCAAGAUGGAAGUGGUCGUGGUCAGGAUCAUGGUCAUUGUCAUGAUCAUGGGGGUGAAUCUGGGGCAGAUGGUGGGGGUUGA